AUGGGCAGGGUCGUUAUACCAGAUGCUGCAACAAAAUUCCAGAACACCUUUGGAAGUUUACCAACGAUUCGAGUAUUUUGUCCGGGCAGAGUGAAUCUCAUAGGUGAACAUAUCGAUUAUCACGGCUAUGGUGUUCUUCCGAUGGCGAUUGAAGAGGGCACAGAAAUUUUAGCAGCUCCGAAUGGGAGGCAGGAAAUUCGACUCGUCAAUGUCGACACUCAGUACCCGCAAUCUUCGAUCACACUGCCGUCGGAUUGGAAAGGCGCUUCUCCGCCGCAGUGGUUUGAUUAUAUUCUUUGUGGAUGGAAAGGAGUUGUGAGCAAGUUAGGCGUAGAUCAAAUCGGAUUCGACAUGCUUGUUGGAGGUUCCAUCCCUCCUUCAUCUGGACUAUCGAGCAGCUCCUCGCUUGUCUGUGCUGCCGCCAUGGUGACUUUGAUGAUACAUACAGGAAAUAUUUUCAAAGAGAUCACUCGAGAGGAGCUCGCCGAUCUAUGCUCUACUGCGGAGCAUUACAUUGGAACUCAGGGUGGAGGAAUGGAUCAAGCUGUGGAGGUACUCGCUGUAGAAGGAAGUGCCCUCAAGGUUGACUUCAACCCACUUCAAGUACGAAAAGUAGCGCUGCCAUCUCUUGCAUCGUUUACGGUUCUUCACUGUGGCGAUACGUUGAACAAGUAUGGGUUUCCCGUUUGCUUCAAUCCGGUUGACCAGCUGAAGAUUUUCUAUAAUGCUCUUUUGCAGGCAGCUACUUCACAGUUCAACGAACGAGUUGUGGAGGGGAGACUAGCUGGAAAGCUUUUGUUGCAAACUGCCGGAGAUGUCGGUAGCCAGAUCGUUGCGAUUGAAGGAUGUUCAGGAGCAUCAACAUUUUCAAUCAUUUUCCUUCAGGAAGCUCUUGGAAAAUCACUGGAAGAAAUGGUGGUAAUGUGUGAGUCGCUACCUGAAGAAAUUUCUCGGGAACAAUUAGAACAGAUAUUGGGAAAGGACGCGGUUGCAGAGUGCCUCAGUCCAAAUACCCAACACAUGGCAUCGUUCAAACUGCGAUCACGUGCUCGGCAUGUCUACAGCGAAGCGGAUCGGGUGAAUAAAUUUGAACAAGCAUGCAGGAACAACGACAUUUUUGAAAUGGGAAGACUCAUGACUGCAAGCCAUGAGAGUUGUAGCAAGGACUACGAAUGCAGCUGCGCUUCGAUGGACAAGCUAGUUGACGAGUGCUUAAGUGCAGGCGCCAUAGGAGCUCGCCUCACCGGUGCAGGAUGGGGAGGAUGUGCUGUCGCUCUCAUUGACAACACUAAUCAUGUAGAUCUUGGGAAGAAAGUCCUGUUUAACAGUGAACCUUCAGCUGGAAUUUCCGCAUCAUUCCUUUGA